AAGCCCGGCGCCUGAGCCCGCAAACUUCUUUGCCUACUCCAGGUUCAGGCUCUGGCGCCCCAACGCAGCCGAGGCGGCGCGCGAGGAGGCACCAAAAUAAGGACAGAAUGGCCAAUUGCUAGUGUUUGAUCCAAAGGAAAAAGAGAUGAUUGAACCAAAUGAAGCAAUGUCAGAUAAAAUGCCUCUUUAGAUGCAGACCAACACUGGCAAGCAAACUUUAUACCUCACCAGCACAAGUCUCUCUAAAUGUAGCGAAGACAGUCUCAGAAAAUAAGGAAGUCUCUUCAAAAAAUAUUGAAAGUAAAGUCUCUUUAAAGAAUUUUACCGAAAAUAGAGUAUCUCCAAAGAGUAUUGAAAAUAAAGAUAUAGAAACAAAUCUACAGUCUAAGAUAUGGUCAUCUUCCUUCUUAAAAGAAAGCACAGGUGAAAUGAGCAAAAAUAUAGUCAUUACAGAUCAGGAGAAAAAUAAUGAAUGUUCCCCUGAGGAUACUGAUGAUAAGUUGUCUGAAUCAACAGAUGAUGAUGGUGAGGAUGAUACCAGUGAUGAAGAUAAUGAGGAAGACAGUAACCCUAAUAAGGAUACUCAUGCCCCAUUAGAGUUAAUGACAGAAUUCCUGAGAUCAGAAAUGGACCAAGACUACCAUUUGGCAAAAAAAUUAUGUCAGAUGAUCCUGAUCUAUGAACCAGAAAAUCCUGAGGCCAAGGAGUUUUUCUUACUUAUUGAAGAAAUGCUGCUGAUGGAGAAAGCUCAAAAUCUGGAGGAAGAUGAUGAAGAGAGUGAAGAAGACAGUAGUGGUGAGAGUGAAGGGGAGAGCAGUGAGGAUCCAAGUGAAGAAAGCUCUGAUGAAUGUGAAGAUGGGUGAUGACAGCUGCUGCUAUAGUUUAAUCUUCCUGUAUGUUCAUUACUGUAUACUAUGGAAAUAUAAAGAAGAGAGCUGCAUUUCAGUCUAACUGUUCUUUAUUUGGUACAGAGUUCUUUUAAUUUAUCCAUAUUAGUUUGAGCUCCUUCUUAAUAUUUAGAUUUUUGGUCAAGGCGAGCUACUCAGAGAGGGAAGUAAUCAUUGAAAACACAUAGCACUAACUAUGUGCCAGGUGCUGUUCUAUACACAUUGAUUUGUUGAAUCCAACAAACUCAUGAGGUUAACACUAUUAUUAUCCCCAUUCAACAGAUGAGAAAACUGAGGCCCAGAGAGGGUGAGUCAUUUGCCCAGCAUCAUAUACCUGUUGAUCGGUAGAGCCUAGAUUUGCAUACGGACAUUAUGGCUCCAGAAUCCAUACUCCAAGCCCCUCCCAUGUCCACUACUUUUGGCAUUUUAUAUCAUUUGUUUCAUGUUCUUUAUAGCAUGUAU